AUGACUCCGAAGAUCUUCCUAACCGGCGUAACUGGCUACGUCGGCGGUGAGGCCUUUUCCCAGCUGUACUCGAAUCAUCCCGAGUACGAGUAUAGGCUGCUCGUUCGAAACGAGGAAAAGGCAAAGUUGGUGUCGGCGAAGUAUCCGUCUACUGAGCGGCUCCAACUAGUGGUCGGUAGCCUUGAAGAUGAGGACAUCAUCGAAAAGGAAGCUACGGCCGCUGAUAUCGUCGUCCACACGGCCGACUCUGCUGACAACGAGCCGUCCGCGCGUGCCAUCACCAGAGGCCUCGCCAGCGGUCACACGGCUGAGAAGCCGGGCUACUGGAUUCACGUGUCGGGCACCAUGCUAAUCGCUGGGCUCGACAAAGCUGAGGAGGACUGGCUCCGGCGUGACACGUUCCACGACAUCGACGACGUGGCCCUGCUCACGGACCAGCUGCCGGACCACUGCCCACACCGGCCUAUUGACAAGCUGGUGCUCGCGGCCAACGACAAGCCCAGCGUGCGCACCCUCGUCGUCUGCCCGCCGACCAUCUACGGCCGCGGCCGCGGGCCCGUCAACCAGCGCAGCAUGCAGGUGUACAACCUGACGCGUUUCACGCUGCAGAAUGGCUUCGCGCCCGUGAUCCCGCCCGGCACGGCACGCUGGGACAACGUGCACGUGGCGGACCUGGGGGCGUUCCUGGGGCUCGCGGUCGGGGCGGCGCUGGACCCGGGCAAGCGCAGCGACCCGGCCGUCUUCGGCCGCCACGCCUACUUCUUCCUCGAGCACGCCGCGCACGUCUGGUCCGACGUCGCGCGCGCCGUCGCCGCCGAGGCCGAGCGCCAGGGCCGCCUCGGCGACGGCACGCGGCCCCACGUGCGCGAGCGCUCCGCCGAGGAGCUCGGCAACCCGAGCUGGGCCCUCCACGAGCACGGCGUCGCGGCGCGCGCUAGGAAGUUUCUAGGGUGGAAGCCCGUUGGCCCGAGUCUGGAGGAGACGAUCCCGGAGAUUGUUGAGUCGGAGGCGGCGCGGCUGUAG